GAUUCGUGCAACAGUGGAAAGGGGGGAUCAGUGCGAAAUCCUCCACAGUUUUCGGUUUUCCGUAUUUUUAUCGGCACUACAGAAGGCCUGAUUAUUGCACAUAUGACGGGAGUUUUGCAGAAAAUAUUUCAUGUCCGUUUGAUCAUCAUCAUUUGAGACAGUUAGGCUUUUUGUACUUCUUCCAUUCAUAAAUAUAUGACGUUUUGGUAGGGAGUAGUUGUAAUAAUAAAACGGCGAGUUAGACACUAACUCUGCAAAAAAGAGGCGGCUCGCUCAACUACUCCACAUGGAGAAAACAAGUCACGCCACGACGAGAACAGUAUACUUCGCUCGUCCUUCCUCCUUCGAUGCCAUCGUCGCGCGUCGCCGUGAUCGGCGAGGGGGCGGCCGGCCUGGUGGCCACGCGCGAGCUGCGGCGGGAGGGCCACGCGGCCGUCGUCUUCGAGCGCGCCGUGGCCGUGGGCGGCACCUGGCUCUACGACGAGGCCGCCUCGGCGGACCCGCUCGGCGCCGGCGGCGUCCACGGGAGCCUCCACGCGUCCCUCCGCACCAACCUGCCUCACGAGUGCAUGGGCUUCCUCGACUUCCCCUUCCUCGCCGAUGAGGGCUCCAGCUCCAGUGAUCCGCGCAGGUUCCCCGGGCACCAGGAGGUGCUCCGUGUUGAUAUUAACCUCAGUGUAUCUACACUUGAUUUUUUGCUUUAUUUCCUUGAUCCACAUAAGGACGGUCAUAUGCAUGAUGGAUAUUUGCAUGCUGAUCGUCUCUCAACAGAAACGUGCUGAGUUCACGUUAACUUUUUUUCUCCUACUUCCUUCGUUCCUAAAUGUAAGUCUUCGUAGAGAUUUCAC